CACUCAAGCAUAUAACACCCUUCGGAUGUUGCUGGAUUUUAUUAUCAAAUUGAAGUAUCUAAAAUUUGAUUGCAUAAGGUAGAAAACAAACGCCACCAGACUAUAACGAUGAUGGGCUUUAUUGCGGUGGCUUCACCCGACAAUGGAAACGAAAUGGCGGAAAGUGCGAAUUGCGAAUUUAUGGCUUGAAAUUUUCUUCAAAUAUUCUUUUGCUUUUCUUAGAUAUUUUGAAUUUCGUUUGUGCCCCAAGCCAAAUGCCAAGCAGUCAUGUUUGGAUGAAAAUGUCCUGCAUAUCCUUGGAGGUUCACCCGCUCAGCCUACGCCGACAGAUCUAGACACUCGUUUUUAUCCACGAAAUGGCAGUCGCAUCUAUGAUAUCAAGGCUCGCUUGCCAAAAAUGACUGCGACCAAUGUGUGCUUCAAUUGCGCUAUGUGGCCGGCAAUAAUUGGGGAAUGUGCGACGAUGGUAAUGGUGCUGUUGGCUGUGGUCCACAGGAGGAGUUCCGCACCUGUUCCGAUAUUGCCUUAACAACCGAUGCUCGUAUACCUAUGCGUCCACAACCGAAGAGAACUCUGAGGAGAUUUCCUCCAACGAGAUGAACUAUUCUCUUGUUUAUAAUGUUUAAAACUUACAUUUUUAUGGCACUACAAUUGUAAAAGUUUUUAAGUUUCUGUAUUUCGUUCUCCUCUGAGUCUCUUUCUGAACAUUAAACGAAGUAAGUACUUCGUCUAUCAAGUAAAGUAAAGAAAAUAUUUCAAAUUUAUUAAA